UGCACAAGUGAUUCAAAUCAAUUUAUAGAUAAGUGCACUAUUCUGAUAAGAGUAUUUAUUCAUAUAAAAGUUAUAAGUAAGAGUCUACUCGUUGGCAUCUCCACAGAAUGUCUGACAGUGAGAGUGAGUCAGAUUGUCUAAAGAUUACACGGAAACGGAGGAGGAGCUGCAGAGAGUCACGAAGAAGAGUGACCAAUAUAUGCAGGUCAACCUCGGAGUCUUACCUCAUCCGGAAAGACACUGCGAAUGAAGAGAAUGAUUUUAAUAGUGGUCAUUCACUUUCAUUGAGUCCCGAUAGUAAGAGUGGUGGGUAUGAUAACAAGCCUAUCUGUUCUCCGACUGGUGAGAUGCCCAAUAAUAUGGAUGAGAGCUCUAUGGAGAGCAAUUCAAGUUCAGAGAAGUGUCCUAUUUGUUUUCAUGCUUUCAAGAAUCAGCGCAUUGGAAUCCCCAAUUCGUGCACACACAUGUAUUGUGCUAAGUGUAUUAUGGAUUGGUCUCAAGACGUGUGGACAUGCCCGAUAGAUCGUUUAUCUUUCUCAAGCAUCAGUGUUCUUGAGAAUAUUAAAUCAUUUUUGGUAGUCGCUGAGAUUCCUAUUAAUUCUGAAAAGUCAGACACGAAGAAUGCUCAAAAUUCGUCAGACUAUGAGAUGCCUAUCGUUCAAAACAUCCUCAGAGCUAGAUCAAAUUCUAAAGACAUGAAUGAAGACUCUAUUCAAGGUAUGUCAAGUGGCGAAAAAUGUACUAUUUGCUUCUCUACCUUCAAAGAUCAGGAAAUUGGGAUUCCGAACUCAUGUAAUCACAGAUAUUGUGGAAAGUGUAUUGAAGAAUGGUCAAAUACCGUGCGAACUUGCCCAAUAGAUCGUCAGCCAUUCACUUUAAUAAUUAUUAUGGAGAACAAUAGGUCGGAAAACAAGAUUAGAGAAAUUUCCGUAUCAGAGAAUCCUGUGGAGAUUGUAGAGACAGAUGAGGAGGGACAUACCAUAAUUGACGAUGAGAUUUAUUGUAUGGAGUGCAAUCAUUCCAAUAAUGAGGAGACAAUGUUAUUGUGUGACAGCUGUAAUAGAGGAUAUCAUAUGGCAUGCUUGUGUCCGCCUUUUACGGAAGUACCCACUGGAGAUUGGUUUUGUGACACCUGUAGCAAUAGUACUGAUCUGGAGGCACUCUUUCAGCAGAGACAGACACGUAGGAAUAGGACAAGACGUGUUAGAUCCAGACAAUAUCAACGCACAAGAUCGCGAAGAACAUGCAGAAUCCCAAUAAGAUCCCUUCUUUCAAAUUUACGUCGAAAUUCUAGUGCGGCUGCUGUGUCAGUGGCUGAAAAUGAGGAAAAUUAUACCGGAAAAUCAAGUAUGUGGGAGCGACAUCGGGCAGAAGUACCGUCACUCUCUUUAUUUGGUAUGAGAAAUCAAUUGGAUUACUUUUUAAGUGAGGAUGAAAGUGACCAUGAAAAUAUUGCCACAAGAAAUAGUGGGUCUGUGGGUCUUAUGGUAGCACCCAGUCGUUCUCGUACAUCCACAAUGUCUUCACUGUACAAUCGCAAAGGCAUUCUAAAUAGUAUUCUGACACCAUCCGAGCCAUCAUCAGUGGAUCUGUUGUCCGACAUUAUCAACGAUCAAGAAAUGUGGCACAAUCUUAGUAGGAGGAACGAUACGAAAAAUGUGAGGAUUAGCACUGAUGGAAGUCUGGAUUUCAGUGAUAUUGUAAAGAGUAGAAAACAUUCGGACAAUAAUAAGGACAUUCUACCAAGCACUCACGCCCCCAUGUAUCCACGUGGUGGUAGGGGAACUGGAGGAUUUUACAAUAUCCAUCGCCAAGGUGGUAAUCGAGAGGGUGGUGUUGGAAAUUUUCGCAAUAAUUACAGUGGGAAUUACCAGGGAAAUUAUUUGAACACAAAUUACAACAAUCAUUUCAACCGAGAGAAUUCUUCAAAUUAUGGAAACUUUCAAGGAUCUGCCCCAGGUGGACAUGGUAGGAGAGAGAAUUUUCCAAAUUCUUUCCAACCAUUCCAAUUUCGUAACAACAAUCAGCGUGGACGGCAGCAGUUCCCAUUAAGAUCUCGAGGACAAGGAUUCACGCCAAAUCGAUUCAACCAAAGGAAUCAAGCUAGAGACAAUUUUGAAAGUUUUGAUAAUCAUGCCAUGCUCGACAACAUACCCACGGGUGAUAUAGAUAUGAACUUAUCAGGCAUAAGUGGUGUGAACAGAAUUGAAAAUGAUGAGCUUACAAAUGUACAUAAUCUUGAUGCUAUAGUUGGACACUCAAACGUGAGUUCUCUAAUGAAUGUAAACAGCAAUAAAGAGGAUGCCACGUCCAUUGAAACUAUCCCAACAGAAAAUUCUCAACGCAAUCUUGAUACCAGCCGUCAUCAGUAUCGAGAUGAAUAUAAUAAUACAACUCAGAAUGAUGAAGAUCAAGCCUAUGCAGAGUUUAAUUACCCUAAUGUGACGCCAUUACUGCAAUCAGAGACCAUGCCUGAGAUAAACCCAAGAUACGACGAUAUUGACGAUGAUUGUCCAAACUUUAGCGUCUACUCUACUCAAGCAAUGAUGUUAGCCAACAAUGUUCACAAACCCAACAAUCAGGAUAAUUUAAUAAGUAAUGUUGCAAACUGUGAAGAUAAUGAAGAAGAUCUGGUUCAGAUGGAUGAUAAUGAUGAGAAUUUUGAAAAGGAGAAACCAAAUCCUUCCAUCUUGAGCAAAAACAGUAAUUCUUCAGAGCAAAAUAUUACAGAUGAUGGAGAAAUGAUUAUUUCUCUAUCCAGCAAUGUAGUCGUAAAUGAUCUUUGUGAUUUGGAAAAUAUUCCUAUGCCAGAAUCUGAUUUGCAAAGCAUCCCUAUUCCUAGUGAGAAGCCUAUUUGUGAAUCUACAAACACCAACAAUGCUCUAGUACGAAGAGAAAAAAAGAACGUUCUUGAGUUGUAUGAUGACAGUGACUGGGAAGAGUUGAAUUUAAUUAAAACAAAUAAUGAUAGGCCAGCCUUUACGGAAAAUAUUCAUGUUGUUCAGACUGUAACAGAGCAAAAUGAAACAGCAGGAGAACUCAUUAACAAUAUUGAGGAACAUGAUACGCGAAGUUAUACACCUUGCCUUGACGAGAAGAGUCAAUUACAUGAAAAUACAGAAAAAGAAGAAGAUGAUGGUGACACUAUUGAUAUCAAUGCUCAUCCAAUGGAUGCUGGAGGAAUUGGUGGGAUGGAAACUGAAAUGAUCUCUGAUGAGGAUUGUGUGCUUAAUAAUGGAAAUAUGAUGGGAAUUAAAGUUCCGAGCGGAGACAAAGACGAAAUAGAUCCUUCAAAGAAGACAGACUCAAAUGAAAAAGAGAAAAGAAUAGUGAAAUGCAAAAGUCAAAAGUCUAAGGAGUUUAAAAAGUUAAGCAGAAAUAAUCGUGACAGAAAUUACCGUGAUAGGGAGAGAGGACGAAACAGAAGUAGAUCAAGAUCAUAUUCUAACGGCAAUGAGAUUAACCGCAGAGGCAGCUUUUCAAAGCGGAAAGAUAAGAGGAAAGAUAUGGUAAGAUACGACGUACGAAAUGUGGUUGAAGAUCGCUGGCAACGCAGAUCACGAAAGGAUCAAUAUGGAAGAGAUACAUCCAGACACAGAAGUCUUUCAUCAACAUCGCCCAGGAGAUAUUCCUAUUCUAGAUCUGUAUCCAGAACAUCUUCGCGACGACUGUCAAAGUCUUCAUCACGAUCACCACAUCGGUCUAAGUCUCGAGAACAUCAGCCGUAUAGAUCACGUCACUCAUCUUCUAGAAAUCGUCAAAAAAGGCGUUCAUUAUCGCGUACAGGAUCACCACUGCGACGUCGAUCAUCCUCACGAAAAAGAUCUUUCUCACAUAAAAGAUCAAUAUCACCUAUUCGAAAGCGAAAUAGGUCAUAUGAUAGGUCUCCGAGUCCUUCCAGAUCUACCGCAGUUGCAGUAUCGUUUAAUCAUAGACGCUCUAAGUCGCAUCGAGUUUCACCAAAGGGACUUGAAUUUUCACCAAAUCGCGAACGUGUGAAGCCUCAGAAACGUAGAAAAGGUACAAAAGAAGGACGACUGAAAGCAAAAAAGAAUAAGAAGAAACAUCCAACAACUGAUACACAAAUAACUCCUCCGAGAGAUGAGCUUAAGAGAACGUGUAGCAAUGUGGACAGUUCAAAACCAUCGAAGAAGACAAAAAAGAAUGGCUCAAGAUCACGAUCAAAGUCAUGGAAUGUUGAAGAAAAUCGUGCUGUCUCGUUUUCAAUGAGUCCUCCUCCGCGUGAGAAUUUCGAAAAUGAACCAAUUUCAUGGACACCACCACUGAGACAGAAUGAUAUUCCAUUAUGUGGGGAAUUUACUUCUCAAACUCAACUAAAAGAGACGGAUUCUAAAAGUCGAAAAAAAGAGAAAAAGCGGAAUAAACAAGACAAAAAACGCGGCGAUGCGUGGGAGAGACGUUUAAAAAGGGGAGAGAAGCAAUCAGCAUCUAAAGAAGUAUUCGCUUCCGGUAAUAACAUCCUAGUAAGUGUAAGUUUUAACAAUGACGAUGCACAAGUAGCACCACAACAGACAACUAUUGUGACACUUCCGCCAACAAAGCAUGGCCUUUUACAGAAGAGACGGUCAGAUCGUGCUGAAGGUGGUGCAAAGAAAUCGCGCAGAGACAAAUCAAAGCAUUCUGGCUCAAAAGGACGAAAAAGGAAAGUGGAUUCAAAACCUGUAGCGAUAAUUGAUCUGGAUAAAUCACCAUUUAAGGAAAUAACCCCCUCACCGAAAGCUGUGAUUGUCUUGAGUGAUAGUGAUGGAGGAGAUGAUGAGGAAAAAAAUAAAAGUGGUGGGACAACGCGAAUGAAUUUACGAGUUGAUCUGGACGACUUGGAUUCGAGGACAGACAGUGGAACUGAAAGGAGAGAGCAUGUAUCUCAACCACAAUCUCCUAACCCUGAAACGAAUGAUACUUUUAUGAUACAGACAUUGGGGCCAAAAACACCACCAGAGCCUGAACACGUGAAGUUUACUCUAAAGCUGAAGAACAAGACAAGGAGCACGAGACCCAAUGUAUUAGCUGAUGAGGAAGAAGAAGAUAUACCUAGUGAACCGGAGGAGAGUCAACGGAACAACAGUACAGAGAGUGUUAGUAAAAUUGGUCCAAACACUCCACCAGAACCAGCACCAUGUUCACCAGAUGCGUAUGAUCCUUUUGAGCCAACAAAAUCACCUUCACAGUCAAGAUCUCCUAUAGUAGAAGCAGCCAAUACUGAGGUUGCAAAUCAGGAAACACUCGAUAGCAAUGUACAAUCCCAGGGAUCUGAAGGUCAAGAUAUGAGUGAUAUAUCGGUAAAACAUGUAAGCACAGUUGAAAAAGUUAUGAAUCCUGUGGACUUGGUAAUGGCUCUCAUGAAUUCAACAACAUCACAUCCAAAUAUUUCCACCGAAAAUUCUAACACUACUACGGAGAGUAAGCAAAAUACGAGAAUUUCGGCCUCGCCACAAGAACAGCCUGAAGAGAUCAUGCCUCUAAAGCCAUCAAGCAGUGGCAUAACUAUCAUCAGUAAUGUCCUUAUUCAGCCAUCAAAAAAUACCACCACAGUAGUACCGACAGUCACUUCAUCAUCAAUGACAAACAGUCUUAUUAUGCCACAGACCCAGAUACAAACUGAGGAGAAAAGUCCAGCUAAACUCUCUAUCGUUACUUCGAGUGCAGGAAUGAAACCUAUAUCAAUGAAGACACCAGCUAUCUUUUCCAAGGCAUCAUCUGCCAGUCUUAUCUCCAAAUUGCCGCUCCCAAAAGUUGGGAACACCAGUCAACUUGGGACCCGGUACAAUGGAGAUCAGGACAUAAUUGAGAUGGAUUCUCCAUAUUCUCCAGCAUCAAGUGACUUUGACGGCCUCUUUGAUCCACCAUCAGAUCAAAUGAAUCGACCAAAUUUAUCGCGAAGUAGCAACACUUCCGCUAGUCAGCCCACACAGAGAGUGUCUCCUACAAAAGGAGCUAAGUCUGCUACAUCAGAUAUAUUUGACACACUCUUUGGUGCAAUUUCUCCCGCAGGAGCAAAUACAACCAGUCGCAGUCAACAAAAGUCUAAAUUGACGAAAACAAUCAUACGAAGUCAAUCAAAGCGAACUGCAAUCAAAGGUAGUAAAGUUUCCACUCCUAUUGGACUCGAUGAAACUGCCAUGCGGAUCGUCGAUGAAGUUCCAGGUUCAGCAGUGGAGUUACAUGUAAAGGAUAAGUUCCUCAGAAAGCUGAAUCGGCAGGAGCGUGUAGUUGAAGAAGUAAAAUUGGUGCUGAAGCCUCAUUAUAAUAAGAAACACAUUACCAAAGAUGAGUACAAGGAUAUACUGCGAAAAGCUGUUCCGAAGAUUUGUCACAGUCGCACAGGCGAGAUAAAUCCUCAGAAAAUUCAAGCUCUCAUCGAGGCAUAUGUGAGAAAGUUUCGCAUUAAAAGAAAAUUAUCUGGAAGUCAAACAGGUGGUUCUAGUGGAUCCAAAAGCACUAAACCUUUAUGGGCAUAAAGUUCAGCAAAACUCCGUAUGUAACCAAUAUUGAGAAAAAGAGCUAUGUUAAAUAAUAUACUUAGAUGUAGAAAAAAUAAGGUAGCCAGUUUUUGUGCUUCAAUGUGUUGUAUUAGACCAAGAUUACAUGAGAAUAUGUAUAUUCAUGUAAUAUUACAUUGAAUUAAACGAGUUUAUUUAUAAUUUAAUAUAUUUAGCCAAUUAGUUUAUAAAAAGAUUUAGUGUAUUUUCGGCUUAUGUAAAAUAAACGAAAAGAACAGA